AUGGCAUCAGCACGAUCAGCACGACCAACCCCCGCAAGACCCGUGAUCUCGCGUGUCAAGCUGCCUCAGCCAGGGCGCGGUCAGGUGCGCGUUGCCGAUAUCACAGCCGGUUCCGGCUGUGCAGACGGCAGUCGCUCAGGGAGCGCACGGUCUGCGGCAAGGUCUGUCCCAACACCGCUGGAGUCCUCUCCCGGCCCCAGCGUUGUGCGACAUGUUCGAACUCCGGAACCGAGAAAUCCAGCUGCCACUUUGGAGAGCAUGCACUCCAUGCCGAGAUCCAGCUCAGAGAAUGUGUUGACACGGUCGCUGCCCCGAACAGCUACAUCUUUGUCCGAGUGUGAUAAAGGUUGUUGCGAGAGCCCUGAAACCCAGGGUGGUGGGGGGCGGCUGCCGGAGGCGAGCGUUUGGAACCUCCAAGACGUGCAGUUGGAUGGCAUGGGGGAUUCGAUGACGCGUGCCAGCGCCGAGGAUCCGGAGCAAGACACCAGAAAUCGCUCGACUAGCUCAAAAGCCAAGGGCUGCUCAAACCAGUCUGGUGAGCCAAUUUGGCAUCCACCAUCGGUGGAAGGAUUGCCAGGUGAAGACAAGGCUGAAAGCGUGUCGCUGAGACGACAGAGACGACCCCAGCGGCAGAGCUCGCGAGCAUGCUCCACAGAGAUGAGAACUCAGUCUGAGCCACCGCAACACUCUCGUGAAGAUGCUGCAAGCCACAGCGGGCAAAGAUUGCCGCAACUUAUUGACGAGAUAGAGGGCCACUUGCUACAGCAAACUGUGCGACCUCCCCAAGAUGCAUCGGGCUGGAUGCAGGAAACUGCAAAGCUGGAGCUGUACAUGCAGGAGAUGCAAGAACUGUUGACGCAACACCUGGAUGACAUUGCAGAGUCCGCGCACGGCCGUGCAAUUCGUGCUGCUGGGGGUCGCGGUCGGGGCGGCAGAGUAAACGGCAAGGUUCCCAUCCGUGAACUCUCAGUCCUGCGCGGCGACAAAGACCUUAGAUGGGCGAGACAGCAGCUCAAGAACUGUGAGCGCGAGCAUGCACAUCUUCAGCACCUUUUGGGAGAUGAAGAUUCCGAGAGGGUCCUGCUUGCCGAGAUUCGGCAGGUGGAAUCCACGCUGGAGCUGGAGAAGCGCAGGCUGAGAAAUCUCCAGAAGGAAAGUCACAAACGUGAAAGGAGCAUGGCCCGUGCGGCUGAGCGAGCUGGCGGCGGAGAACUUGGCAGCUUGAACAUUGAUGGCAACGCACGAGCUCUCAAGGAGGUGGAAAGGCUGGAGGCAGAACUAGAAGUCUGGCAGAUGAAGAAUGCAUCCUUAGAGAAACAAGUCGAGGAGUUGACGGCUAGGCUUCGGGAUGCCAUCCAAAGCCAGGAGAGGAUGGUAUCCAGACAUCGGCAGAUUCAUACAAAGGAGAGCGAAGAUGCAGCAAAGAAGGCCCAGGAAGAGCAGCGACAGCGACAAGACUCUCAGAUCCAGGAAGAGAGGGAACUUCGCUCUGAGAUUCAGAGCUUAUUGGAGGCGCGGCGCAGCAGUGCCAGGAGCGCAGAGUCGACCAUGAAAGAGCGAGCGCGGCGGUUGGAGGAGCUCCGCCGGCAACAAGCAGAGAAAGAGGCAUGCCUCUCACAGCUAAAGCUGACUGAGCAGCAGCUGCGGAGUCAACUUCGCUUGGAGCACCGCAGGCCCGGCAGUACGAGAAGUGGGCAACGCGGAUCCAGGGCACCAUCUUCGCCAAAGCGGCCAGCUGACAGGGGCAGAGAUCCCACUUCUGAUUGUCAGAACGGAGCCCAAGAACACGAUCCAGAAGUGCCGACGAGGCCGUCGCUUUCGAAGAGCUGGCAGACAAAGCCCGACAAGCCGGCUUGCCCGGCACGUAGGGCGGCUUCUUCUCCGUGA